AUGAGAGCUUUGGGAAUACCACCACUUUCACAAACAAUUUCCAGGACGUUGCCAAUGCAUGAGAGGAAAAGUAAAGGUAGUAAAAAAAAGGUUUGUGAGGAUGAUGAUGAGUACCAACCGUCUAUGGAUGAUAAUUUGCUUAGCUCAUCGAGUGAAGAUGACAAUGAUGAUUUAGAAGAGGUAACACGUAUGGCUCCAGGACGCAGGUCCAAAAAUGUUACACCAUCGACUUCUGUGCCCGAGAUGAGGAUUUUGGUUGCUUCGAACCAGCCACCCCAGUGUACCCGUAGCGAGCUGCCCUACCCCGAGCCAUCAUCAAUUGCCCAACCCGACCAACUAGAAAGCCCUCAAACGAUCGGGAGCAGCGUAGGAUCGGUACCAUCGGCCCGUAGAAAUGUACGCGGUGCAACACGAGGGAAGGGGACAGAGAGAUUGGUGAGACAAUUGGGUCAUGCGAUUUCAGUUCCGAUCCCUUCCUCGAGUGGAGCACCGGAGGGGGAGCAUGCGACAUCCCUCGCGAAUGAGAUUGGUAAGGAGAUCCGAACAUCUGCACCGGUUCGCAAUUGUGGUUGGGACAAUAUUGAUGCUGGGAUUCGAGAGGCGAUCAUUACGAGAGUUCGGCAAAGAUUUGAUGUCGGGGACUAUGAGAACGACCUAGUCAUCCAAGAUUCCAUAAAGAAAAAGUGUCGGAGUAUAUAUAGAAAUUGGAAGCAUGAGUUGCACGCCUAUUAUCUUGGUUUAAUAGAGAAGGGAGUACCUGAUCCCAAGAACCAUCCACCGAAGCGUGUGGAGCCUAAUGAUUGGGUAUCGAUGAUCGAUGUGUGGGAAACUGAAGAAUGGAAGACAAAAUCUGAUAAAGCGAAGGUGAGUCGAUCAAAGUUGCCCUACAAUCAUAUAUCUGGUUCCCGAUCAUUUGCAGCAGCGAUGUUACUAAUCGAGCGAUUAGUCAACAAGACUAUCGAACAAUCUCAGCCCGAAGUUACAUCCCCGAUGAAUGAGUUUGAGAUCUCCAUUGAGGUACUUGGAAGGAGGCCAGGUUACCUGAAGGGGUAUGGGAUCCACCUUCGAGGGAGUUCAUCUACCAGGUCUCUUGCAAAAUCACUAGCAGCUCUUCACCCUGUAAAAACAAGCCAUGAUGCAACUUGUAAAAGCUCUGUGCCUCUGUUAUUGUUGUACGCACCGUGCAAUUCUCGGCAAAGCUGCUAUUGCAAGUGCUCUGUGAUUGUUGCAGUGUACAAUUUACUUUUGGUAUUAUUUGGUGAUUUGCUCAUAAAAUUUCACAGAAAUAGAAGCAUCAGUAUCUCAGAUACAAGGAGGAGGAUCCAUGGAGGCCGACAACGAAGACAAAUAUACAAGAGACGGAACCACAUACUUCAGAGGACAAAUGAUGUAUCCUUGGUUUUUCUGCUUGGUUGGUCCAGCCGAUAUAACAAAUGUGGUCAGGCUGAUGGGGCUUCUGACAUUCCUACCAAGUUCCUGUCCUACACUUGCAAACGACCAGGUCACUUCAAGAAGAAUUGCAAGUUGUACAAGGAGUACUUGAAGAAAGAGGAUGGUGAGACUGACAACACUAAGGGUAAGGAUAACCAUGCUUGUGUCGUAGAAGAUCUCUAUGAAGUACUGACUGCAGAGUCAGGUACGGGCAAGUAUACCAAUGAUUGGUUACUUGAUUCAGGAUGA